AUGGUAUAUAUUUCCUAUGAACUUGAGGCAGAGGCAGGCAGUAGUGAGCGUGAAGAGGAGAACGAUCUUGACAUUGGUAUUGUAUCUGUCGCUGCACAUCCAUGGCAUGAUCUUGACAUUGUUAUUAUAUCUGCAAAUACUUGUCCUGAAGUACUAAAAAUUGCCGUUGUUAUAGCAUUAGCAAUAUUACUAAGUUUCAUAAUGGUUAUUUUGAACCUAAUUUGUUUAGUUUUUGCUAUUCUUGUUGAUACUAGUCAUUGUUUCAACACCAAAGUUGUAAAUGUGUCUAGUAUUAAUUCCAAUUGGUCUCCUGGUGGUGCUACAUGGUAUGGAAGCCCUACUGGCGCCGGAAGCAAUGGUGGAGCAUGUGGGUAUUCAGAAUCGGUAGAAAGGCCUCCAUUUUCUGCCAUGAUAUCAGCUGGUGGAUCCUCAAUUUAUGAGUCUGGUGAAGGAUGUGGAGUUUGCUAUGAGGUAAAAUGUAGCGAGAAUAAAGCAUGUUCAGGGCAAGAAGUGAGUGUGACGAUACCAGAUGAAUGUCCAGGUUGCCCCUCAGAUAUGCCUCAUUUUGAUUUAAGUGGGAAAGCCUUUGGAGCCUUGGCUAAGCAUGGCCUUGCUGACCAAUUACGAAAUGAUGGUGUUGUUCGCAUUCAGUACAAGAGGGUAAAAUGCAACUAUCCAGGAGUAGCAGUGGCGGUAAAAGUGGAUUCGGGUUCAAACCCAUACCACUUUGCAUCCAUAAUUGAGUAUGCAGAUGGAGAGGGAAUAAAAAGUGUCAAGUUGAAGCAACAAUCUGGUGAAUGGAUGAGCAUGCAACGAUCAUGGGGAGCACUAUGGGCACUUAAUGCUGGAAUUGUUCUUCAACCUCCUUUCUCUCUGCAAUUAACUGAUGCUAAAUCUGGAGAUACCCUUACUUUGUAUAAUGUCAUCCCUCAAGGCUGGAUACCCGGCCAGACAUACCGAUCUCACGUUAAUUUCAAUAAUUACUACAUGAUAUAA